CUCAAGCUGCCGAGCGCAACACCUCAGCAAUGGGUGCCUGCUCUCCGAAAUACAUUAAAGAUACAACAAACGAGGAUGUAAAGGAUCCAGAGCAAUACAUAUUCUCCGCUGCUCUCCCUUUCAAUCCCAUUCCGUUCUACACCACCUCACAAUGUCCGCAUCACGCUGCUGCUUCAACGGCUUCGAAUGGGAUGGCCAGCCUGAUGGCGAAGUCGUUCCGUUUCCAACCUCCUCCAACCAGGCAUACAAGACGGGUACCAAUCCAGAUGUCGCCAUUCUCUUCGUACACGACCUUGUAGGUUGGAGCUUUGGAAAUGCCAGAUUACUGGCAGACCAUUUUGCGAAAGAGAUUGAUGCCACGGUGUUCUUGCCGGACUUCUUGAACGGCGAAGAAAUCGAUAAACGAGUCCUCGAACUGGAACCGGAAGAGUGGGCUUCGAACGGCAUCGACGUUUGGGGUAUGGUGGAGAGAAACAGCCGCCAAAUCCGACAGCCAGAGAUCUUUGCGAGCGCAAAGAAGCUUCGUUCGGAGUACAAGAAGGUGGGGGCGAUUGGGUUUUGCUGGGGCGGAUGGGCAGUCUUUCAACUGGGGGCAAAAGGCAACAACUUGGUCGACUGCAUCAUCACCGGGCAUCCGAGUCUUCUGACCAAGGAGGACAUUGACACGGUCGACGUUCCUGUUCAGUUGCUUGCUCCAGAACAUGACGCGGCAUUCACGCCAGAACUCAAGAAUCAUUUCUGGCAGGUCAUGCAGGCUCGAGGAGACUUGGUCUUUGACUACCAUCACUUCGCCGGCAUGCAGCAUGGCGCUCUCGUUCGAGGAGAUCCAAACAAGCCAGGCGAACGUCGCGCCAUGACGCGGGCCAAAAAUGCGGCCGUCGGGUUCUUUGCGGAAUGGCUUCAUGAUGUUUGAGGAGAAUCGAUAUUUGUAAAGCCCCAUCAAGAUACUAUAUAGAAUGCGAGGUGUGAGAGGAGCCUGGGAUUGUUCAUGCUCGUGAUGUUGAUUCGCGGGGCUAUGUCCAGUACGCUCGUGUUAAACCAAGCCCUACGUGAUCGGAGCUCAAAAACGGUCAAUCGAACCGACGUUAGCACUA